UUGUAUUUGUAAUCUACAGCUCAGGGUUGAACCAUCUUUUCGUGAUCAAUUGCUGUUGUCGUGAUUGAAAGUCUUGACGCCUUUGUUUGUAUGGCCGGUUGGGUUCGAGUCUUGCUUCCGUUCGUCGUUCUGAUAACAAUUUUUCGAUGGCCUGUUGUCACUGGCUAUGUUGCUAACGGAAACGUAAGUAAAACACUGUACAUCGGUCUUCUGCUGCCUGUACGCCAUAACAAUGCCUGGAAUCUUCCUACUGCGAGAAACGGGUGUGACUUGGCUUUGGAUCAUAUCAACAAUGAUCCUACAUUUUUGAAUGGGUAUCAUUUGGAGUUCGUGUUUGGAGACUCGAUGUGUGAUAGGACAACGGGUAAUGUUGAGAUGUUAAAGAUGUUUGAACAGAAGGAAAAGGUUGUGGCACUGAUAGCUGCAGGAUGCUCGACAGUUACAGAGCCACUUGCUGAAUCAUCUCAUUAUUGGAAUCUUUUGCAGUUUAAUUUUCUUUCUACAUCACCAUCACUGCUAAAAUGUGAUAAACUGCCAAAUUUGUAUACGAUACUACCGUCUGAGUAUGGUCUAGUUCCUGCAAGAGUUGCGCUAAUGAAAACGUUCAAUUGGACAAGAGCUAUUAUAUUCCAUCAGCCAAUCGAUCUGUGGUCUUUGACUGCUGAAAAACUGCAUGAAGCUUUUGGAAAGGCAGGCUUCACAGCUGAGAUGCUUCCAGUGUCUGAUGUGGCUGACAUUGAACUUGCAGUGAAACGGGCAGUGAAAACGAAGAUCAGAAUUUGGUUUAUUUUGUCAUACGAAGAUGUUGCAAAGAAGCUUAUGUGUCAGGCAUAUAAGAAUGGCAUUCGUUCUACAACAUACACGUGGGUCUAUGUUGGUGGUAUUACUGAACCAGAGUGGUACUUGAAACAGCAUAACGAGAGUGGAUGUUCAAUGAGAGAGUUACGUGAAGCAUUUGAUGGGCACUUCUCAUUAGACUAUGCUCAUUAUGGUGCUGACAAUGGAAGCGUUGUUCUUCCAACAAAAAAGACUAUCUCAGAAGUUGCCAAGGAAAUUUAUAACUUUUGCAUGCAGUCACAUGAUAUUCCUUGUCCACCUAACAAUAAUCUGACAUAUGCUUUUGAAGGACACUGGGGAUUUGGCUAUGAUACUGUGGUUGCAGUGGCAAUGCUUCUGAAGUCUUACAUGAAACCCAACCCAAAUAUACCACUUGAAGACUUUACCUACGACAAUUCUGAUGUUAGUACAAAGUUGAAUGAGAUUGUGAGGAACAGGUCAUUUCAUUUUCAUGGCAUUACUGGAAGAAUUCAGUUCUUCAAUCACAGGUGUCAAAGCAACCCUAACUGGGGUCGAGUAAUAGCUCGAUAUAAUAUAAAUAACACUUGGAGGUUUGUUUGGAAGUACAACAAUGACAGUGGUAAUGACACUGGUUAUCUGCUAGAGGAACCUAAAUGGCCAGGUGGGAAACGACCAACUGACUUUCCCGAGCAGCGAUUUGUCUCCCCUGUUGCAUUUGGUGUGGUCACCUUUACUGUGUGCAUUGGCAUUAUUGUGACCUUCUUCUGCCUUGUUUAUGGUUUAUUUAAUCGGAAUAUGAGGAUUUUUCGUUUGUCAGGACCACGAUUAAAUGCUGUUGUAGCUGUUGGGUGUUUUCUUGGAUAUAUGUCUGUGCUAUUGGAUGGACUAAAUGGCCAGUUCUUUGCACUGCAGUUGUGGUCUUGCUAUAUCAAGGUGCUUCUGUAUGCUGUAGCAUUCAGUUGUAUGUUUGGUGUUGUAUUGGUUCAGAUGUGGCGUGUGUCUCUCGGUGUCAAGCAAAGUCGAACUAAGCGUCGACCUUCUACGUUUGCAGUUGAUCUAACAGAAGGAAGUUUGCUUGUUUUGAUUGGCGUAUUUUUGGCCAUUGAUGUUGUCGUUGUCAUUAUCUGGUUUAGUGUUGAUCCAUGGACUACAGGGACCAGACCGUUAGAGAGUGGUGACAUUUAUGAAUUUGAGCAAGACAAAUGUGUGUGCAACAAUUUUUGGGUGUGGACAUAUGUGUUUUCAGGGUAUAAAGGUCUACUUCUGAUGUUUGGAAUUUAUCUGGCAUUUGACAUAAGGCAAAUCAAAGUAGCACUUCUGAGUGAUAGCCGGUUUAUGGCAUUUGCAGUCUACACAACGGUUGUGUUCUGUGUUAUGCUUUUUGCAUUUCUUCAUGUGGAAGUAACAGAUCCUGAUAUAUACUAUGCUCUUACGUCAUUUAUGAUGUUAAUCAUCAUUUCUGUUCUUCUCCUUCUUUUGUAUGCACCAAAGAUCUAUGUGUUGAAAUUUCAUCCUGACAAGUCUGUUGGUGGUAUUGGGCCGGCUCGUGCUGUAGAAAAAGCAUCAAUGAGUGAACACACUAUUGCAUCUUCACAUGACAUUAAUCAACUUCGGAAGCGAAGUGAACACCAACUUGAAUUAAUAACAACUCUAAUAGAAGAGCGAAAUAUUACUGAUGCAACUAUUGAACGAGUCACAGAGGAAUUGGACCUGUAUGGUAACAUUGAAACUGUUGGGAGUGAUCGACUUGAAAGUACAUCUAGUAGAGCUAGGGUAUUGUCAGAUGAUUCUGGAACAUCAAGUGAUACAAAGAAGGCAGCACUAGGCACAAAAUCAGAUUCUAAUCCAUCAUCUGAUGAGAAGUCAAGAACUGAUGACAAGGCUUCUGGUACUGUUUCACAUGUUCAUAAGGAAACUUGCAUAUAAAAUUUGGGUAACUGAAGACAGUCCAUCUCAAUCACUGAGCAUAAACCAACCGACAUAAGGGCAUAGGAUUUAGCUAGUUUGUAUUACUUGUUUUCAGUAUUGUUUCUUUGUAAGCGUUUAGGUAUUUGGAUUCUUUGGUAAGGGUUACUCCUUAGAUAUACAUUUAAUUAUAUAUGGGACACUUGUUACUGCAGGCUGAUGCAGCUGUAGGUAUUGAUAUACUUUCCUAAUGUACAUUUUGCUAGCGGCCAGUAGUGUUAGAAUAUUUUAAAACAAGAAGCAUAACAUUAA